AUUUAGUAGCCAUAAAGGUCACAGGAAGGACUUCAACAUGGCGGACUUCGAUGAAGUUCUGCAGCACAUCGGAGAGCUGGGACCGUACCAGAUCUGGUUGUGCUUCCUUGUUUAUCUCCCAGCAUUACCGUGCUGUAUGCACAUGUUCUCGUUGGUGUUUAUCGGCGCCACUCCGGUACACUACUGCGCGACGCCGGAGCUGGAUGAGGUUCUGUUGGAACGAAACGCCAGCUUGGCUGAGAGGAAGAAUUUAACAAUUCCUUGGGAGCUGACCGACGAUGUUUGGGACUACAGCAGUUGUGCAAGAUACAACUUGAGCGGGUACAUUUCGGCCAACAGCACAGCUGCUCCAACAUUCAACAUGGCGACCAACCUCUCUACAACAGAGUGUGAUGCAGGAUGGGAAUAUGAUCGUUCUCAGUUUCAAACCAGUGUCUCAAUAGAGUUCGACCUUGUGUGCCAGAGAAAAUGGCUGAACAACUUGGCACAGUCCAUUCUCAUGGUAGGGGUGCUAUUUGGAUCGGUUCUUUUUGGAGAUCUAUCAGACAGCAAUGAAUGGCCAGAUUUCCAAUUUCUCAAUUGUUGUUCUAGGUUUGGGAGAAAAUGGACGUUCUUCAGAGUGUUGAGUCUUCAAGUAAUAUUCGGCGUGGCGAACGCCUUCACCCACAGCUACGUCACGUUCGUGUUUCUAAGGUUCCUGGUGGGAGCCUGCGCCUACCCUGUCUUCAUGAUCGCUUUUGUUAUUGGACAGGAGAUUGUCGGACCUUCGAAGCGUGCGUUAGCCGGAAGUGUGAUAGAGCUGGCCUUUGGAGCUGCCAUCAUGGUGUUAGCUGGUCUGGCCUACGCCAUUCGGGAAUGGACCUUCCUGCAGCUCGCCAUCACACUGCCCAGCGCUGUCUGCAUCUUGUCGUGGUGGUUGGUACCAGAGUCUCCACGAUGGCUGAUCGCUAGAGGGAGGUUAGAAGAGGCGAUGGACAUCAUUCAGCUGAUGGCCAAGAGAAACGGGAAGACUCUACCUUCUGAUAUACGUCUAGAAAAUAAGACACAGGUAGUCACUUUGACGAUGACUCGAGGCCAGCAUAGCGCCCUGGAUCUUGUGCGUACUCCCAACAUGAUGAAGAAAUCCACUCUGAUAUUCUUCAACUGGUUUGCUGUGACCAUCAUGUACUACGGCCUGUCCCUCAGCACCGGGGACCUGGCCGGAGACGACUAUGUUAACUUUUUCCUGGUCGGCGUGGUGGAAGUACCUGGCUAUCUGACGUCAUAUCUCGUGAUUGACAGGCUCGGACGCCGAGUGCCGCACAUGUUGUACAUGGUGGUGGGAGGAGUGGCGUGUGUCGCUGCAGCCUUCAUACCUAAACAUCUAUCUCCACUGACGAUCACUCUUGUCCUGAUUGGAAAGUUUGGGGCCGCUGGAGCCUUCAACAUCAUCUAUAUCUGGACUGGAGAACUCUACCCUACUGUCGUUAGAAACGUCGGCGUUGGCGUGUCUGUGCUGUGGUCUCGCUGUGGGGGUAUCGCGUCCCCUUUCAUCGCCCUUCUGAAGGACGUGUGGGGACCGUUACCGCUCAUCAUUCUCGGCGCUCCCGCCUGUCUCGCCGGGGCGCUGGCACUCCUCUUACCGGAGACACUUGGACUACCUCUGCCUCAGACCAUGGAGGAGGCUGAACACUUCGGCAGACGACGGAGGACCAACGAGCAACACAUGCCCGAAAACGAUGUCGAAUCAGAUUUUGAAAUGUUGGAACCACAAUGAAGAGCGAAAUCAUAUGGGUAAUUCCUUCGUCAUGAAAUCUAAGUUGUCUCGAGGGUAAAAUGAAUAGUCAAACACAUAGGUUAUUGUACACCGGACGAUAGAUUUUUUGUUCUUUUGCCACUUUGUUUUUGGAGUCGACUUUGGCAUGGAUAGCAAAAGUGAAACCAAUGUGAUGGUCAUGACGGUUAUUGUCAAGUUGGUAAGUGAUACCAGCCUUCGACUCUAUUGUCGCUUUGUGCACCUCGAGCUCUUGAAUAAAGAAAUAUAUGGC